ACAUGUGUUAAAAAGAACCUCAGUGGUGUUUAUUACCAAAAUAGAAAUGUUCUGAGCUGCUCUAGCGAAAUUCCAGCAUAGACAGAACAUACUUCACGAGUGGAAAGGAAACGCCGAGACUCGUUCGGGAUGUUUGACGGUUAUGAUAGUUGUAGUGAGGACACCAGCAGCAGCUCCAGUUCAGAUGAGAGUGAAGAGGAGGUUGCUCCUUUGCCAUCCAGUCUCCCAAUUGUCAAGAACAAUGGGCAGGUUUAUACGUACCCAGAUGGCAAAUCUGGCAUGGCUACAUGCGAGAUGUGUGGAAUGGUUGGUGUCCGUGACGCUUUUUACUCUAAAACAAAACGCUUCUGCAGCGUGUCCUGCUCCAGAAGCUACUCCUCCAACUCCAAGAAGGCCAGCAUUCUGGCCAGGCUUCAGGGUAAACCUCCAACAAAGAAGGCUAAGGUUCUACAAAAACAGCCCUUAGUGGCUAAAUUAGCUGCAUAUGCCCAGUACCAAGCAACGCUACAAAACCAGGCAAAGACGAAAGCAGCUGUCCCUGUGGAAGGUUUCAGCUGGGGUAACUACAUCAAUAGCAAUAGCUUUACAGCAGCUCCUGUUACCUGCUUUAAACACGCACCCAUGGGGACGUGCUGGGGUGAUAUCGCAGAGGGAGUGCGAGUGGAGGUUCCAAACACAGACUGCAGCCUACCUACCAAAGUCUUCUGGAUAGCUGGAAUUGUAAAAUUAGCAGGCUACAAUGCUCUGCUGAGAUACGAAGGCUUUGAAAAUGAUUCAAGUCUUGACUUUUGGUGCAACGUUUGUGGGUCUGACAUCCACCCAGUGGGUUGGUGUGCAACCAGUGGCAAGCCCCUAGUUCCUCCUCGAACCAUCCAACACAAAUACACAAACUGGAAAGCUUUUCUAGUGAAACGACUUACUGGUGCCAAAACACUUCCUCCUGACUUUUCUCAGAAGGUGUCUGAGAGUAUGCAGUAUCCAUUCAAAACUUCCAUGAGAGUAGAAGUUGUUGACAAAACACACCUUUGCCGAACGAGGGUAGCAGUGGUAGAAAGUGUCAUUGGGGGACGGUUAAGGUUGGUGUAUGAGGAAAGUGAAGACAAAACUGAUGACUUCUGGUGCCAUAUGUACAGUCCACUCAUCCAUCACAUUGGUUGGUCUCGAAGUAUAGGACACAGAUUCAAAAGAUCUG